AUGGCUUGUACAAAUCCAACAAAAUUUUUCCCGAUUUUCAAAGGAUUAGCUUUAACUGAGAAUGCAUUUAAAGGAAAAGUAGCAUUAGUAACAGGUGGUGGGACAGGUAUGGGUAAAGCAAUAGCAAAAACAAUUUCAAUGCUUGGUGGUGAUGUAGCAAUAGCAUCAAGAAAAAUAAAUGUUCUCCAGGAGGCAGCUAAAGAAAUUGAAAAAGAGAGUGGAAGAUUUGUGCUACCAAUUGAAACUGAUGUUCGUGAUAAUGAAAAAGUUAAAAAUUGUAUUGACAUGAUUGAAAACAAAUUUGGUAAAACACCAAAUGUUGUUAUAAAUAAUGCAGCUGGAAAUUUUGUUUCACCAUUUGAAAGAAUGUCAGAAAAUGCUUUUAAAACAGUCAUUGAUAUUGUAUUAAUUGGAUCAGUUAAUGUAACUCGAGAAGUAGGUAAAAGAGUAAUUAAAAAUCAAAAUGAUGGUUGCUCAUUUUUAUAUCUUUCUGCUAAUUAUGCCCGGAAUUCUGCAGAAUUUUUGGCACAUAGUGGUGCAGCAAAAGCUGGUGUUGAAUCAAUUGCUAGAACAUUGACUGGAGAAUGGGGUAAAUAUGGAAUGAGAUUUAACAUUAUAUGCCCAGGUCCUAUUCCAACACAAGGUGCUUUUGGUAACCUGAGUCCAAAACAAAUUGAAGAUAGCAUUAAUCUUGUAAGUCAAAGUGUCCCUGCAGGUAGAUGUGGUGAUGUUCAAGAGAUAGCUAAUUUAGCAGCAUUUAUUACAAGUGAUUAUGGUACAUAUAUUUCUGGUGCCAACAUUGAAAUAGAUGGAGGUAGACAAUACUUAAACAGUUCAGGUGGUGUCGGUCCAUACUACCAUCAAUAUACAGAUGAAAUGUGGGAUAAUGCUGUCAAAGUUAUAAAGAAGAGAAAUAAAUAA